AUGUCUAAGGCGAUGAGAGAGGAGACCACGGGGCACCCACAAGUGCUGAUCAGACAACAUCGGACUGAAAAAGAAUUGGUGCCAAUAGCGGCCAGAUAG